UUUCAGGGUUUCUCAUUUCUCAUUUGGAGGAGAUUUUCUCUGUUACGCAUAUAUACCUAGUACCAGAAGGUACAAUAUUAUUCUCGAUUCUGAUUUUUUGGUGGUUCAUUUGAAGGAGAAGCCAAUAACCGCGGCAUGUUUGGAAAAUGGAAUUCUAUGCGUUCUUCCAUCUGAUUACAAUAUUUUGGAUGUCAGCAGAACAAAUGUUUGUACUGUUACAGAAUUACUUAUCUCUAUUUUAAAUUAGAAGAAAAAUGGACAAAAAACAAAGUUCAAGUUCAGUGGACGAAGAAGCAGGCGUCCUGAAAUCGGGCUACGUUACAGCUGCAUUUUCACCUGUCAAAACAAAAAGAAUGUAUUACGCAGUGUUGGGUCAUCGUGCACUUGAAUUACAUGAAAGUGAAAAGAAAUCUCAAAGAAAGAACAGACAUCCACGACAUCUGAUUGAUCUCUCCACGUGUUUCAACAUUAAUCGGCAUUUUGAUGGCCGAUUAAAAUAUUGUGUAGCAAUUAUGACACCUGAUGAAACACUCGUUUUGCGAGCGGAAACGGAUGUGUUGAGUGAUGAGUGGUACGAUAUGUUAAUGUCUGCGGUGAUACCCGCCCGUGCUCUACAUCUUGGACGACCCGUUCUUGCUAACGAGUUUUUUGAAUGUGCUUGGGACGUAACGAUGGUUGAACAUCCAAAGUUCCGGAAAUCAGUUAAAUCUUCGGAGAAAUUGGUUAAUUUGUGUACAAAAGACCCAUCAUUACUUGGACCACAUCGAUUAUGUUUUUAUCAUCACACGAUUAUUUUAUGUCGACGAGGUAUUGAGCCAGCAUCUUCGGAUGCCCUAUCGCAGUCAGGCAUUCCGCCAUUCAGAGUAACCGAUUUCGUCGAAUUUCCUCGACAAUACAUGGCUAGUUUUGGUUGCCAGGAGAGAUAUUUUUUUAUGGUGAUGGGUCGCUCGUCACCGUCCGGUUCCGGCGAGCUAUGGGCACUGUGUGAUUGUGAGGAAGUAGCUGCCGAUGUGCACAACAAGUUGAAUAAAAUUAUCGAAGAGGAGUGUGAAAAAAAGAAAAAAAUGCCGAAUGGGCCACUAUUACACUUAACUUCUACGUAUCAUUCGCAUCGCGACCGACUUCAUACGCACAGUGGACUUCGAAGAACAGGGACAACAGCAUCAAGAAAACUGACACCUGAUGAACUGUCACUGAAGGAACGACGAGCCCAAUUACGUGGUUAUAAAUGGGCUGCAGAUUCAAUCCAGGAAAGAACACAGGAAGAAACAUUAUCGCCAAAUGUUCCCUCUUUUCUGUGGUUCGAUUCGACCACCGUUAGGGGGAAAUGUCUGAAGAGUUCACGGUCCGAGCAGAAUUCGUCAAUUAAAAAAAUUGAUCGAACACGAAGUUUUGAGACGAAAAUAUCACUUCCCUCGUCAUCAGCAGUUCCCCAGACAGGAAAUGAAAAAAGUAGUAGGAAAUGUUUCCCAGCAGAACUGUCAUUAGAAAGUUUGGAGUGGUCAAGUGUUUUUGGAAAUCAUUUUCCGCUUGCGUCAUUAUCAGCUGCAGAAGAAACUGAAGACAGGCAGUUCUUAACAUUUCUCAUGUUAUUCCAAUUUAUACUGGAAAAAGGCAGUGUGAAGAUUUUGAAACAGUGUGGUGGCACAUUACGGACCGACGCGGAGGAAGUAACAAAUUCUGCUAAAACAGCUGUGGAGCGACAGAUUAAAGCAAACAUCGAACGAACGCAUCCAUCCAUAUCAAAGCAACAGUUUGCACCCCACUCGGAUUCUCGCAAAAUUAUCUCGACAACCAGUGGACGCUCCGAAUCUGAUGAUCGAGCCGAUGGUACACCAUGUUCAGUUGCCGGAAGCAUGAGUACCAAUGAUGAUUUCUUGCAGUCAACACCCGGCGAAAUGUCAAAGAAUGCAUCUGGAGAUAAUUUGGAUUAUGCUCCAAUGGAAAUGAAUUCAUGGUCAUCAGGAAGUGCAUCGCUUCUUGGUCUAUCAAUAGGAGAGCCACAAUUCAAUUUCGAGGAAGUACGAUCUUAUGUGUCGGAUAGCAGUGAUAGUUGCUAUUCUUCAAUGGCAGCAAACGGCGCACCGCGAACAUAUUCGUUUGGUGCAUCACACAUUGUGCAUCAGCAACCGCGACAUUCAGGUAGAAAACUGAUGCAUCCCGAACAUGGUUCGCCAGCACCAGAUUUCCUGCGUGAUAGUGGGUCUUUACCGCAAAGCGAAGAUAUACAUCAUUCGAAUAAGCCGUCAUCAACUUGUUCUCAAGAAGAUGCCCGAAAGAGAGCUUUUUUCUUUAGGAAGCAGCAAGUCGUGGUUUCAUCAAUUCCAAAAAAUAUGCCAAUCGAUGCAAAUAAAAUGUUUACUAGCUCAGAAAAGAAGCCAUUUCGAAAACUAUCUCGGGACUUUAUGUCACGUGCACAUCGUUUGUCGAAUACAUCCCAAACAUCAUCAACGAGUUCAACUGGUCUUUCACUUGUUCAUUCGCCAAACUCUUCGUUUAUGCCCUCUACACCUCAAGUAUUCAUCGCCCCUGAUCCAUAUCCAAUAUCUCGCGUUCGAUCAGGAAGCAUAGGGUCAGGACUUUCAACCUCUUAUUCUAAACGUCACAUGGGUAACGAUCCUACAGGCGAUCAUGUCCCACUGGAUUUCGGUGGUGGUGGUUUAUCACUCGGCAAAUCAGCAAGUGGUUCGCUGCAUAGUGUCGACAGUCCCUCAAGAUCACGCACUUCAUCAUUUGGUUGUGGACAACGGUGUUUUGGAUUGCGCGAUACAAGUGAUAUCGUUGUGCAUGCUCUGGAUGCAGAAAACGAAUGUACUUCAACACUUUCGUCACGUCGUACAUAUGAGCGUAGGGAACAACUCAAUAGCUCAGUGUGUAUACCAAAUGAAUUUGAUGAAGCAGACGAUUAUGUUGUAAGAGAUCCGGCAAAUGCGUCGGAUUUCCAUGUCAGUCCACCACGUGUUAGCCAUGAAGGACAAGUGUGUGCCAAUAAUUAUCCAGAUUGUCGUAGCUCACAGAUUUUCGAAACUAUACAAGAAAGUUUAUCAGGAAGAUCGUCCCCUGCGAAAGAUACGGAUUCGGUUGGGAGUCACGAAGAGCAAGAGUCCCGCGAUAAAACGGAUAGGAAAUCCGAAGAUAAUAAAUCCAUGGAAAAAAAAGUUUGUAAGGAAGAUAAAUGUGAUGGUGACGGUGAAUGGGAGCAAAGAAAGAUAUUGAGUUCUGAUUCUGGUUUAGAAUUUGUUCCUGUGGAUCCGUCUCAGUGA